AUGUGACUUGCUUUCAUUUUGUGGUGAUGUUAUAUUUUAUGUCUUGCAAACAUCUAUAUUGAUACAAGAUCCGAAGUUCUCUUGAAAUGACUGUGUUUGUGAAGUCAGUGGUGCUGUUUUUGCUAUUACUUAACCUGACAGUUAUCAACAGUGUGACACUGACAUUCUCAAAGAGCGAUUUAACUUUGAUCAUUCAAGAAACAAAAGAUUUGUGGUUAGCUCCAAGUGGUCCACUGAAUGAGACAGCAGUAGUAGUGUUUACAUAUGAAAUAGGAAAUGACAUUAAAUACACAGAGGAUCAUGAGUUACUUAGCCCUCUACCCAGCAUUAACAUAACAGCCAACAGUAGCCAGGCAGUGAAGAUCAGCUUGACACCAAAGAAAGCUGGCAAUAUCAACCUCGGAAUCAACUCCUCAUCCCAGGAGUUGACAGGCUUAGACAAGUCCUUUGUACGACUGACCAUCUUCCAUAACUCUGCCAUAGUUUACAUCAACAUAGUGAUUGGGUGGGUUUACUUUGCUGCUUGGUCUGUGUCCUUUUAUCCACAAGUUUAUGAAAACUGGAAACGAAAAAGUGUGAUUGGACUCAACUUUGAUUUCCUGGCCUACAACAUAACAGGAUUUAUAGCCUACAGUUUCUUCAAUGUUGGACUUUUCUGGAUCAAAAGUAUCGAGGAUGACUACAAAAGUUUACAUCCAAGGGGGAUAAAUCCUGUACAGCUGAAUGAUGUGAUAUUUGCUCUCCACGCUGUGUUUGUCACCAUCAUCACCAUCUGUCAGUGCUGUGUCUAUGAGCGUGGUGGACAGAGGAUUUCCAGGAUUUCUGCAGUCCUGCUUGUUUUAGCCUGGCUGUUUAUCCUAGUAACCUUAUUCUUGGCAGUAGGCAAAGUGAUGACAUGGCUUAACUACCUGUACUGUUUCUCCUACGUUAAGCUUGGCGUGACCUUGAUCAAGUACAUACCACAGGCGUACAUGAAUUACAGAAGAAAAAGUACUGUGGGUUGGAGUAUAGGAAAUGUUUUAUUGGACUUUACUGGGGGAAGUCUAAGUCUGCUACAGAUGUUCCUACUAGCCUACAACAGUGAUGACUGGGGCUCAUUAUUUGGUGACCCGACAAAGUUUGGAUUAGGAGCCUUCUCCAUCUUGUUUGACUUGUUGUUUAUGACCCAGCAUUACUGUCUGUACAGAGGAAAUGUGCCAUACCAACAAAUCGAUCAGACCAGUGAAAUUAAAGUGAAUUCUGGGAAAACAGACCAUACAACCAAUGACACAGACAAAGCGUUGUAAAAGAUGAUUGGAGCUCAUUAUUUGGCGAUCCUACCAAGUUUGGACUUGAAACAUUUUCCACAUUCUUUGAUGUUUAUGAUCCAGCGUUAUUGUCUAUAUCGACAACAAGGUACCAUACGAACAUGUUCCAACAAAAUGGACAACAUGGAAGAAAGGUUGAAGGAGAUUGUUCUGUAAUUAAGUGUUCUCAGGAGAAAUUGUGUUGUAAAUAUAUUCAGAUGAUUGUUUAGAUGUCCGUUUGUUUCUGUUGAGAUUUUACAUAUUCACCUGUACAUGUAAUGAUAGGUAGUGCCUGGGUUAACCUUACCUGUAGUCUUCCUGAAUUUGAUUUCAAUUAUUAUAUUUAAGAAACCCUGUCACUACCUAGACAGAAUUGAAGAUUGUUUCAUGUGUUAUUAUUAAU